GUGUUUGGUAUGACGUCAUAACAUUCGGCGCUCCGUCUGAUCACCAUCAGUCGUUCAAACACGGAGGACUGAAGAGGCUGCUGAGCAAACACACAAACAGCAUACACAGCUCCGUGUCUUACUCUCAGGACGAGAGCUGCAGAGCGAGGGAGCUGCUGGUCAGCGUGGCCGAGCUGCAGCCGCUGCUCUUCGGGCUCGCCGAGCAGCUGCUGUCCGUCUCUCUGGAGCUGGACGCCGCGCGGCUGCAGCAGGUGCUGGACAGCCUGAGACAGCUGACGGAGCAGUUCGUUCACGCGCUCAAAGACGAGCUGGUGAAAAACGCCCUGCUGGAGAUCCGCAGCCAGCGAGACGCCAUCCGCAACAGCAGCCACGUCCACAGCAACGGGCUGCUCUGUGACAACGCGCCGGCCAAUCAGGACGGCCGGACGUCGCCGGGGCAACAGGAUGCAACAGCACGGGACACGGAGAACAUCGAGGAGGAGUGGGACAGGGCGUGGGCGAACGUCGCCAUGAGCCUCAACUGCAUCAUCGCCAUGGGCGACCGGCUGCAGGGGCGGGAGGAGCGCUCUCAGGAAGUGACAUCGUCAGAACAGGAAACGGCGGGGGACACGAAUUCUCAGAACACCG